AUGUCUGUAGAAAGGCCGCGCCUUGGAAAGACAGAAGAACAACCAACAGUUCAAUCUCGCACAAUCAAGCGUAAGAAAGCAACAGUAACAUCUCGUGGACUUGGAAUGGCUCCAAAGCCAAAGCCACCGCGUGAAUUUACCCAAUUCCGCCGUUUCUAUGAUCGUGGCGAUCUUCCAAUUUCACGUAACUACGGUGAUGAACAAGGUCCAAUUCACUGGAAAGUUUCACCAGAUCUUCUGGAUUAUCACCACUAUUUACCAGUAUUUUUCGAUGGUCUUCGUGAAACAGAGGAGCCAUACUGGUACUUCGCAUAUUACGGCACUCUUGAUCUCAUUGCUCAAGGCCCAACAAAAAUUCUCGCUGUUGUUCCACAAUUAAUUAUUCCGUUAAAGAAAGAUCUAAAUACUCGCGAGCCAGAAAUAUUAUGCCGCUGCAUGGCUGUCAUUCAGGCACUUGUUAAAGCAGAUCCUCUCAUCAGUGAGGCUCUUGUUCCAUAUUACCGCCAGAUUCUCCCAGUCUUUAAUGAAUUCUUCCUUGAUAACAAGAACAUUGGUGAUCGUAUCGAAUAUAGCCAGCGCAAGCACAACAAUCUUUCUGAUUUAAUUCACGAAACUCUUGAAGAAAUGGAAAAGAGCGGAGGUCCAGAAGCUUACAUUAACAUCAAAUAUAUGAUCCCAUCAUACCAGUCCGCUGUUGCUGGCAGUGCUUAA